CACACCCAAUUCAGGUGAACGCAGUUUGCAUUGUCCAAUGUCCAUUACCAUUAUUGCCGCCCACUGUGCCUUGCACGCAACCUGUUUGAUGUAAUACCCCUUCCCCACUUCCCCCUUUCGUUCCGUUCGAAUUUCAUCUGAGAAGCUCAACAAACAAACAAUGUGGAGAAAAGUAACCGCCACUUCCUUCUCUUCUCUCAAAUCCUCCCUCUUCUUCACACGCCUCCAUCUCCAGCAAGCUACUAAACACAAUGCCGCCUCUGCCUCCGCCGUCUCAAGAUUCGCCACCGUAGCACCCUUGCAGGAAAAGGAUGGAAGGUGUCCCUUUAUAACAUUUGUUUUAGGUGGCCCUGGUAGUGGAAAAGGUACUCAAUGUAUUAAAAUUGUUGAAACCUUUGGAUUUAAGCAUCUAAGCGCUGGAGAUCUUCUGAGAAGGGAGAUGGUUUCCAAUAGCGAAUAUGGUUCAAUGAUUCUGAAUACAAUUAAAGAAGGAAGGAUUGUUCCCUCAGAAGUGACUGUCAAAUUGAUUCUAAAAGAGAUGGAAUCUAGUGACAACCAUAAGUUCCUUAUUGAUGGUUUCCCCAGAAGCGAGGAAAACCGCAUUGCUUUUGAAAAAAUUUCUGGAGCAGAACCAGAUGUAGUACUUUUCUUCGAUUGUCCAGAAGAUGUGAUGGUGAAACGAGUAUUGAGCCGUAAUCAGGGGCGAAUAGAUGACAAUAUAGAUACAAUCAAGAAACGUCUUAAAGUAUUUGAAGCAUUAAAUCUUCCUGUCAUUGAUUACUAUGCAAAGAAAGGGAAAGUUCACAGGAUUAAUGCAGUUGGAACAGUAGAUGAAAUAUUUGAGCAAGUUAGGCCAGUUUUUAAGGCAUGUGAGCAGAAGGCUCUCAAUAGAAGCUGAUUGAAUGGGUUGGAAUUUGGAAACAUUGCAGAGUGUAUUGAAAUUUGGGUUUUACAAAGGAUCACAUAUACUUCCAGCUGAAUCGGCUCUGAUUCAAGUUCCUUGGCUGAUAAGCACUGGAAUUUCAGUCCCUUUAAAACAGUUGACUCAAAGUAUUGACAUUUACAUGCCAACCAUUCACAGUGAUAGCUCUUCUUGCCUUUUUUCUUUAUGUUCUAGGUUUUUCUUACAUGCAAUAAACUGCUCAUGCCACCGAGAGUAUGGCGAAUGGAGCAAAACUGUCUCCAACAGCAAAGGGAUUGCCAAGUGCGCAGAUCUAUUUUUUGGUUAACAUAGCAUUUGAUCUUUUGUAAUUUGAUGACAAAUACUUUGUUGAAACCCUUUGGGGUUUUGUUAACACAGAAGUUGAAACAAGUUUGACAGCUUUUUGUGG